AUGAAUCUCUCUCUCUACAGCAUCAAUGCAUUCAUAGUCCUCGACACCGAAGGACAUCGCGUCCUUGCAAAGUACUACCGGCCCAAAGGCCACCCUCAGGGCGAAUCUAAAGAGCUGCUCACCUUGAAGGACCAGAAAGCAUUCGAGAAAGGGCUCUGGCAAAAGACGAAGAAGGCUGGAGGAGAUAUCAUUCUAUUCGAAUCCAAGCUCGCCGUGUACAAGCAUUCUCUCGACCUCAUUAUUUACUUCAUUGCUGGGCCCACGGAGAAUGAGCUCAUGCUUUCAGCAGCACUGAAUUCGCUUAUCGACGCACUUUCUCUUUUGCUAAGGAAUCAACUGGAGAAGAGGGCCGUGUUAGAGAACUUGGAUAUGGUAUUACUGUGUCUGGACGAGACGAUUGACGAUGGGAUCAUCAUGGACACGGAUGCUGCUGCUAUUGCGUCGAGAGUGAGCCGGCCACGCCCCGACACGACAGAUAUCGUCAUCAAUGAGCAGACGAUAAUGAAUGCAUACCAGACUGUGAAGGAUAAAAUGGCCCAGCGGAUGGCGCAGUUCUAG